AUGAAAAUCCUGCUUUGUGACCUCCUGCUGCUCAGCCUCUUCUCCAGCGUGUCCAGCAGCUGCCAGAAGGACUGUCUGACCUGCAGAGAGAAGCUCCGCCCAGCUCUUGACAGCUUCAACCUUGAGGUGUGCAUCCUUGAGUGUGAAGGGAAGGUCUUCAGCAGCCCUCUCUGGACUCCAUGCACCAAGGUCAUGGCCAGGGGCUCCUGGCAGCUCAGCCCUGCUGACCCAGAGCACGUGGCAGCUGCCCUUUACCAGCCAAGCGCCUCCUCCGAGAUACAACUGAAGCGAAUGCCUCGCAUCAGGAGCCUAAUCCAAGCCCAGAAAGGGACAGAGCCCGGCAUGGAUGAGACUGGAGAAAUGGAGCAGAAGCAGCUGCAAAAGAGGUUUGGGGGCUUCACCGGGGCCCGGAAGUCGGCCCGGAAGUUGGCCAACCAGAAGCGGUUCAGUGAGUUCAUGAGGCAGUACCUGGUCCUGAGCUUGCAGUCCAGCCAGCGCCGGCGCACUCUGCAUCAGAAUGGUAAUGUGUAG